CGUCCGGCGACGGCGGCGGAGGCUGCGCCGUAGGCCUGGCAGGUACGGCCCCGGCAGUUGGUCCGUCGCGCUGUGGCGGCGAGUGGGGUCCGGAGGCGGUGGGGCCUGCGCGAGGAGCACCCGCGCAGAUUCCUCUCCGAUUCAGGGCUUUCUCCUGCUACCCCUAGCUUGGGCUGGCCAGGGCAUCACGUGCUCCUCUGGCUGCCCGGACCAUGGAUGGCUCCUUCGUCCAGCACAGCGUGCGGGUCCUGCAGGAACUCAACAAGCAGCGGGAGAAGGGCCAGUACUGCGAUGCCACCCUGGACGUGGGGGGCCUGGUGUUCAAGGCACACUGGAGUGUCCUUGCCUGCUGCAGCCACUUCUUCCAAAGUCUCUAUGGGGAUGGCUCAGGGGGCAGUGUCGUUCUCCCUGCUGGCUUUGCUGAGAUCUUUGGCCUCUUGCUGGACUUUUUCUAUACUGGACAUCUUGCCCUCACCUCGGGGAACCGGGAUCAGGUCCUUCUGGCAGCCAGGGAGCUGCGAGUGCCGGAGGCUGUGGAGCUGUGCCAGAGCUUCAUGCCCCAAAACUCAGUGGGACAGGCACCAAGUGGCCAGAGUGGCCUGGGGAACCCCGCCCCCUGUGAUGGGAGCAGCUACAACAAGGAGCCAGCGGGCUUGGAGGAAGAGGAAGUUGCAAGGACUCUCAGUCAGGUCCCCAGGGAUCAGGAGCCCAGCAGCAGUCACCGUCCCCAGAGGUCCCCUCUCGGUCUGCCUGCUCAGACUGACAGUCCCUCCUUCCCCCGUGGAAAACUCAAGCAGGCCCUGAAGCAUGGUCCCCCUGAGGACAAGGAGCCGGAGGACUGCAAAGUGCCCACAAGGCCCCUGGAGGCCGAAGGUGCCCAGCUGCAGGGUGGGAGUAAUGAGUGGGAAGUGGUGGUUCAAGUUGAGGAUGACAGGGACGGCGAUUAUGUUUCCGAGACUGAGUCUGUGCCCACCAGGAAGAAGUCCAACAUAGUCAAAAAAUCCUGUGCUCCCGAGCCAGCCCUGAGCACAGGUCCCCACGCAGCUGAGCCCGCUGAGCACAGAAGAGGUCCGGCAGUGCCAGUCGAGUGCCCCACGUGUCAGAAAAAGUUUCUCAGCAAAUAUUACUUAAAGGUCCACAACAGGAAACACACUGGGGAAAAGCCCUUCGAAUGUCCCAAAUGCGGGAAGUGCUACUUUCGGAAGGAGAACCUCCUGGAACAUGAGGCCCGGAACUGCAUGAACCGCUCGGAGCAGGUCUUCACCUGCUCCGUGUGCCAGGAGACCUUCCGCCGGAGGAUGGAGCUGCGGGUGCACAUGGUGUCCCACACUGGGGAGAUGCCCUACAAGUGCUCCUCCUGCUCCCAGCAGUUCAUGCAGAAGAAGGACCUGCAGAGCCACAUGAUCAGGCUGCACGGAGCCCCCAAGCCCCAUGCUUGCCCCACCUGUGCCAAGUGCUUCCUGUCGCGGACAGAGCUGCAGCUGCACGAGGCUUUCAAGCACCGCGGGGAGAAGCUGUUCGUGUGUGAGGAGUGUGGGCACCGGGCCUCGAGCCGCAACGGCCUGCAGAUGCACAUCAAGGCCAAGCACAGGAACGAGAGGCCGUAUGUGUGCGAGUUCUGCAGCCAUGCCUUCACCCAGAAAGCCAACCUCAACAUGCACCUGCGGACGCACACAGGCGAGAAGCCCUUCCAGUGCCACCUCUGCGGCAAGACCUUCCGCACCCAAGCCAGCCUGGACAAGCACAACCGCACCCACACGGGCGAGCGGCCCUUCAGCUGUGAGUUCUGCCAGCAGCGCUUCACGGAGAAGGGCCCCCUCCUGAGGCACGUUGCCAGCCGCCACCAGGAGGGCCGGCCCCACUUCUGCCAGAUCUGUGGGAAAACCUUCAAAGCUGUGGAGCAGCUACGUGUGCACGUCAGGCGGCACAAAGGCGUGAGGAAGUUCGAGUGCACUGAGUGUGGCUACAAGUUCACCCGGCAGGCCCACCUGCGGAGGCACAUGGAGAUCCACGAUCGUGUGGAGAAUUACAACCCACGGCAGCGCAAGCUCCGGAACCUGGUCAUCGAGGACGAGAAGGUGGUGGUGGUGGCGCUCCAGCCGCCUGCCGAGCUGGAGGUGGGCUCGGCCGAGGUGAUUGUGGAGUCCCUGGCCCAGGGUGGCCUGGGCCCCCAGCUCCCUGGCCAGAGACUGUGCAUGGAUGAGGGCUUCACCGGCCCAGGUGUCAUGGAGCCCCCCCUCAUGAUCACGGCUGCCAUCUCCGAGGACUGCGACACGUAGCCCCCUGUGGAGCACCCCCAAGGAGCCCUCUGGCUUUGGACGUGCCUGUUUCGGGCCUGCCACGGUCUGUCCCCCGGGAACCUGGAGCUGCAAAAGGACGCCAGUGACGUGCUUCUCCCUUGCGUGUGCCUGCCUGGGCCUUCCUGGCCACCCUCUCAGUUGGCAGCUUCCCCGUCUUGCCGGGAGACCCAGCUCGGGGAACGUGGGCCUCUGGCCCUGGACCUGCUCUGUGUCUAUUUUCCUCAUUCCUUCUGGACCGUGGACUGGGAAGCCUUAGCCAGACACUGAUGGUUUCCUCUUUCAUAUUUCAGGUGAGACCAGCUAGUGGAGGUAGAACUCACUCCUAAGCCUCCGGGAGUCAAAAGAGCGGCCAGGGCCCCUGCCGAUGGCCUCGCUGGCUCGAGGCAAGAUGGGCACAGAUGCCUGGGCCCUGAGGCGGCCGGCGUGGGUCAGCCCUGUGGACGCUGGCUGGUGGCGUGCCCACCAGAGGGCUCCCUUCCCUCGGGGGCCCAGCUCGGCUGCUCGGGGGUGCAGGGAGGCCAGGCCAGGCCGGUGAGAGGCCUCGGUGGUCCCAGGGCAGUGCCUGGUGCUCAGGUUCCCCAGCUGCGGGGCGGGGUGCCCGACGGCCUGCGGGCUGCCUUUGAGUCCCUUCACCUUCUGUAUUUAUAGCUCUGUGGCCCUGGGCGGGUUACCAGCUGCUGGCUGCUUUCACUUUCUUAUCUUUCAACAGAAUUGUAACAGUACGUGCUUCACAGACAAGGAAUAAAUGAGAAAACUCACUGUCCGGUUACUUGUUGCUGGAUAACAAGCCACAUGCACACUUAACGGGGCUCGGGGACUUGCUUUCACCAGGACUUGCUCACGUGGCAAGUUGGUGCUGCCUGUCAGCUGGGACCUCAGCCAGGGUGGGGGUCCGGGGCCUGGGUGCCACUCCCCACACUGCCUAGGCUUCCGACAGAAGGCUUGGAAGUCAGGUGUUGUCACCUCUGCCUGUUCUGUUGGUCGCAGUCACCAAAACACCACUCCCGAGACUCGAGGGGAGAGGCUGUGGCCUCCGUCACCCAAUGGGAGGACUGUCAGACUCAGCAGCCACAGUUUAAAACUGCGGAAGCUCAGUGCUCGGCACCCAGGAAAUUCCAAAGCAGUGUGAUCACCAGAGCAGAUCCAAAGCAGUGAGUCUGGAGGCACCCUCACCGGGGCCUCCUGGAACAUCGGCCCCACGCCAAAUCCCUCCUGCAGUGGGCGGCUAGGAAAGUUUCUGUGUUACACCCAGAACCCAUCUAGCCAUCCUUCCUUUUUCAUCUUGCCCACUGGGGAGCUCAGAGCUAAAGACAGUAUCAUAUGCAGUAACUGACACCCCAGGUUUCUGACUUAUUUUCCUAUCAGGUUAUAAACAUCUUCCUGUUUGGGAAAGGGUAUUAAAAAAACAAACCCUAGUCUCCUUGUUCUCCCUCUCACCACCCAGGCCCUGCCUCUCCACCCUGCCCGCCAGAGGAUGUGUAAGAUGUUCCCAAGCUUGAUGGCUUGUGUGAACCCCCAGUUUGUCUUGGGGUCUCCUCCUUAUUUUGAGGUUCAUCCCAUGGCCCUUGUGUGCUCUGCCUAUGGCUGACACAGGAGGGGCAGAGGGGAGGGGGAGCUCCAGCAGGGAGAAUGAAGAGAUUUAACCUGCCUGGGUCCCCAACUGGAGGACAUGCAAGGGAGGUGACAGACCCCACCCACCCGGAAGGCCCAGCCGUGAUACCACCAAGCAGCCCUGCCCCUCAGCCUCUUGGGCUCGGCCCUCCUUUCCACUCACACCUCAGGAGGGUCUGAGCUGAAGGGCCCGAGGUCCUAAACAACCCCCCUAAGCCCCGCAGCGUGUCCCUCGGCUCCCCAACCCCACCCUCCAGGGGAGGUGCUUCUCUGCCAUCCUUGCCCUACGCCGGGCCUCGCCCUGGAGGAUUCCCAGAAGGCACAGCAGCACAGGGUGGCAGCAACAUCCAAUGUCUAAGAAAAGUUUUUAUUUCAAAAAGUAUUAAAGCCAUCCUAAAAGCUUAAACAAGAUUCUGGACAUGAAAGCUUACAAAAUAAAC